AUGAGCAGCUCCCACAUCACAGGCGGGGAGCAGCUCUGGGAACAGAGUGCCAUGUUUGUGACAGUGACACACAGAGCCAACUGCCAAGAGAAGGUGAACCUGCAGUGCCAUGUCCUGAUCCUCAUGGCUCACCUGAAGAGGAACUGUCAGUGCACGCCUGAGGACUGCAUCAAUCUUCUGGAUUAAACAGGCACCCUGAUGAACCUGAGCAAAGUGGAAAAUCCUGCAUCUGAAUUCACCAGUAAGUACCUACAGGAAAGGGAGUGCUACAUCAGAGUUGUCCAUACGUUCCUUGAAGGAAGCUCUGAAGCCACCUACUAUGAAUCCUUACUAGAGAACCUGGCAAAACACUACCCUGGCCUAGCAGGGGAUCACUCCACGGAUCAGCUCCAGAAGGUCUCGGUAAACACCCAGAUGCACCAGUGGAGGAGGGGCUCCUUGCAGAGGAGGGCUCAGCCCCUCACCAGCACCCAAGCCAGGCCUGGGCCCACCUCACAGAACAAGAAGAGCUCAGAGCUCAAGGGCAUCCCUAAACAAGGAACAGGCCCGUUACUGGUCACAAACAGUGUGGCCACCACUAGGGCUCAGGAGUUUUCUGCUACUGAGCUCCUUUUCCCGGGAUCCCCCUGCCCCUCUUAG